AUGGGCUGCUGCCAAGACAAGGGCUUGCAGACCUCCAAUGAGGUGGCCAUGGAGAAGUCCGAGGAACGCGAGGAAGGUGGGACCACAGACACAAUAGGGCCUAAGCAACCGAAGAGGGGGCUGCCCCUCGGGGACCACCUAGGAGGUUGGACGUGGGAGGGUAGAGCUGAGGUCAGCGGGCUCCUUGUUCCCGCAGGCGACGGAGAUAUCAACUUGGACUCCCCGGACCACCAGACUCACAAGUCGAACGAGAGCCUUCUGAUAACCGUGCUGUGGCAGCGGCUAUCCUUGCUCAGCCGCAGGGGCUCCUCGCGGUCAUCCAAGAGGCAGUCAGACCAGGCCCAAAGGCAGGGGAGUACGAUCCAUGAAGAGGCCCAGGAGGAGCCGGAGAAGGGGUGA